AUGUACGAUCUGCUUUCAAUUCGAGCUUCAGAUAGAGACAGUAUAUACUCGUUUGACUCGGUGAGCACAAGCGAAAGAUUGCUAGACAGGUUGGAUUUCGAUAAUGAAUCCAUAGCAUCUUCAAACAGAGACAGUAUUUAUCAAAGAGACAAUAACAUCAGACUAGUAAAUGCAGCAAAUGCAUUGAACCAGUAUCCAAUGAACAACUUGAGUGCAAUAACAAAACUAAGAGGUCAAAUGUCACCUAGCUUGCAACAGCGCAACGUCCUGGCGCAAUUCCCGUAUCAAAUAGCUCCAACAGAACGGGACAAAACAAGUUUCAAUCCACGAACAACCAGCAAAUUGCAGCCUGAACCGAGACAAAGAGGAGGACUAGAUGCCAAUCCUGCACGGCUAGGAGAUACUAAUCUCAACCACAAAAAGAUUGCAACAAAGGCUCCUCAUAACAAACACCUACCCCUGAAAAGGACUGUUCAGGAACAGCAAUUGAGAAGUAGUACCGCGCCCCCUCCGCAUUUGCUGUCGAAAUCCAACACGAAAUCGUUAUCAUCCGACUCUGUCAACACCAUUAAAACAGUGACAGCACCCGAGCCAUACAACAAUUCGAAAGCAUCAUCCACAACUCGCGACCUACCGACGAAACGCAACUACUCCUCAGACUCAACCGUGCCUACAUUGUCCUCGCUAUCGCUUGGCGAACGCAACCAUAAACCGCACGUGCCGUACCAACACCAGUUCUUGCUGCAAACGUCUUCUAGGGUACCGUUGACUCCAACAAGUAGCCGAUCCUCCGAUAAGGAAAAUGACUUUUUCAGCAGCAACAAUCUGUCCGAGGACUCGCUAGAAAACACGGCACUUGUAAAUGUUCAAACUUCCGGUUCCGGCUCUGGUUCCGUUUCAAAUUACUCUCACCACACCCAUUCCAAAAGCCAAGAAAUUGCCCCUGAAUCUCGAGUCGUUAUCGCAAUGGAACUUCGGGCAAUAAAUAAACACCGCGAGGCGCUGUAUCAACUACAAAUUGCAGCAAACGAUCCAUAUAAUUACCCGAAAGCAAUGUACUUGUACGCGAUUGCGUUGAAACACGGACAAGGAGUCAAACAAAACUUUGCCUCGUCAAUGAAAUGGUUAUGCAAAUGUAUACUAAUCAGCUCCCUUUCAUCCCCAUCAUCAUCUCCAUCAUCAUCUCCGCCGAAUCAAAGCUUAAUCACUUCGAAAUUGAAUAAACUCGCGCUGCCGGAUUUGCUAAAGUUGAUCAUUACCAACCUUGCCUCCACCAACAAUACAGAUUUGUACUACAAUGGAACCAAUGUAGAGUCGCUAUAUUUGUUGUUCAAGGGGAUGAACAAGACCCAAAUCUCCAAAAUCAUGGCUGCAAACAAAAACAAAACCGAUGUGUUGGCGUUGAGCUAUUUUGAAUUGGGACUGUAUUUGUGCAAUGGUUGGGUUGGCGGUACGAGUUCCCCCACUUUAGCUGCAAAUGACGAGGCUAACGGUAUCGCCUGUUUGAGCAAAGCGGGCUCGAUGGGAAACGUGGAAGCGAUGGAGACCUUGGGCGAGAUUUACACUACAAAGCUGAAGAACCGGAAGAAGGACUUGGCUAAAGCUGCGGCGUGGUUGCGAAGUUGUGAAGUGUUUGGGGUGAAGCUGAUUGGUAAUAGUUGGAUAUACAAGGAGAAAUUCGUCAAGUUGUCCCUAUAG